AACCUUUGAACACUCUUUCUCUACUGACUCAAAUCUUCUAUUAUUAUCGUUAUCACAGCAAUUUGUUUCCCAGAGUCCGGUACAUCGUCUUUCGUAUCAUUUUGUCGUGGUAUUAUGGGUCUUCUCGAAAACUUUUGGGACGAUACACUAGCUGGUCCUAGGCCUGAAAAUGGUCUGAAAAAGUUGCGCCGGUACGAUUCUGGUCCUAUGCCAUCAUCUGAACAUGUCCCAGUGGUCUCUCGUUCCAUCACCAUACUCAAAAGCAAUUGCUCCAAUAUCCGCGUCUCUCUGGAUGAUUCGUCUUCCUCUGGUCCUUCUUCUCCGGCCGGGUCUAGCACCCCCGGAUCCCCUCUCUCAUCAUGGACGUCGAGGGACACGAAGCAAUUGAUGAGGAUGAAAUCAACCUCGGCGGUGUUAGAACGAGCAGAACCUAGAAUCCCUACGGUUUAUGAUUGGAUGGUGAUAAGCGCUAUCGAUCGAUAAACAACAACGAAACCGGAAGCUAUGGCCUCUCAUACCAGCAGCCAUUGGCUGGACAAUUUGGAAGUCCUGGAAUGCAAUAGUUCUCGAAAACAUCAAUUCCAAUGUGAGUGAGGCGAUAAAAGAAGGUGAAAAUUCAAGUUUAUUACCGGUGUCACUGUAGUACAGUGUUAAAGUCGUUGUGUGAUGAUUCUAGUAACCCGGGUUUGAAACUCGUUGACACCAAAUUCUUUACCUCAAGCUUAUUAAUGGGCUUAAUGAUGAGGUUACUAAGAUUCAUGCUUAGUGUCGCGCUCUCAAUGAUGAGGUUAUGAACAGUCUUUAUCUUGAUUCAAUCAUCACCAAUUGGAGUAUUUAUUUUAGUUCGUAAUGUAACUGUUGUGCUCGUCAUUCUUUUUCUUUUUUGGGUGGGUGUGUGUUUGAGAUCUAUCGAUAAUUUGUUCCUCUUGCUUUUGUUUGGUUGUGAGUUUGUAGCCCUUGAGCUUGUUUUCCUACUCUUUAUUGGUUUUAUUCUAUUCUUUAAGAAUUGGAAAUAUAUACUGUAAAUAAAAAUAAUAUGCAAAUAUUUUCUAAUUUUCAAUAUGGUAA